AUGCGUUCAUCAUUGAUCUCCCCAACCUUGUGGUUGGGUAUGACAACCAUUGUUUCUGUUGCUUCUGCUCAGGAUGCUUCCUCGACUGACGAUGCAGCUGCGGCCACAGAUACCACAACCAUUUCGUGGCCAGCUGAGCCCUAUCCUGGAGCAAGCAUUUGGCUUGAUUGGAUCAGCUCGGCCAGUAUCAGCUCCGAAACCAGCUCGGACUCAAGCCCGACUUCAUCAACAUCCGCUUCUUCCACCGUCGAUGUCAUCAGCACAAGCCUUUCGACGACUGACUCUAUGACAACUAGCUCAGCCACGGCCUCCAUGGAACAAUCUGCAACACCAACGACUGUCUCCAGCAUGGCCACUUCUACCACUCAGAACUCGGUCACGUUUUCGAGCUCAUUCACUACCUGGACUACUUCGGAGGGUGAGUCCCCCGUGACUACUGCCACCUCGUCCUCCGUGAGGUCAGUCUCUGGCGCCGUUACCACCACAACAUCUGCCCCUUCUGCUCCAAGUACGUGCCCAUAUGCGGGUCUGAGCUUCCUAAGCCCAACAGACACGUGUGUAAGGUACGACUUUGUUUGCAACCGCACGUACGCGGAGAGCAACUUCCGAGGGAACUGGAUCACCAGAGACACCCCAGAGUUGUGUGCUCAACGCUGUGACACCGCAAACCAGAAUCAAGGAGCUGGGUACUGCGUGGGCGUGAUUUUCAAUACUACGGCCACGACCAAUAACUGUCGAAUGCUGAAGAACCUCAACACCCCUCUCGACAGCACCGAUACUAUCGCACUCCUGGUUGAUCUUGACGUAAAUUGUGGCAGGGUGGCCGAUACUACUACCUCCACGACUGCCAGUUCCACCACAAUUCCCCUUUCGACUUUCAGUACCUCCUUCGGUGCCGUCACAACCGGGUCCACAAGCUCUGUAUCCCCUUCGUCUCUAUCUUCAAGUGGCUCUGCUUCAACCGUGACCCAAGGCUCUCCCGUUAGCUCUGGUUCCAUCACCACAAACUCUGGAAGCACAGUCACAGGCGCCCCCGACACAGCCUCUUUGAGUUGGUCCACGCGCAGCCGUCGCCCCUCUGGCUCCCACAGCUACAGCUGGGGCAGCAGCCAUUCCAGAUGGUGGGCUACCUCUAGCCAAAACUUUACCACAGCCAGUCAAUCAGUCACAGGCUCUGCUGCCACCACGACCACGAGCAGCGCAAGCUUUGGUUUCAACGACACACUGACUAGCUCCUCUACAAUCUCUAGCUCAGCAAAUGGAACCUCCACCUGGUCUUUCAGCACUAGCAGUACAACUGCUCUUUCAAACGCAACUGUUACGACUAGCAACUCGGUAUCUCCCAUUGCAACCACCACAACUUGGUCUAACACGUCCAUGACUACUUGGACAUACCCUCUCAACUCGACUUCUACGGCUCCCGUUGCAACCACGACUUCGUUCGCCAACUCUACCACAAGCUCUAUCGCCGCAGCAACUACCACUACAGCGAGCAGUAGCUGCCCUGCUUCGGCCACCACGGUGACAGUCACAAUUUCUGGAGGCCCUGCAAGCGUUACUGGUCCGAUCAUUACUGUUACGGGGACAGUCACGGAGACAAGCACCAUAACGAGGACGACCAGAACGAUCACUACAUCAACCGGUACCCGUACACGCUACACAACCACCACGGAAACGGAUACUACGACCACGACACUCACCUCGUCCACAACCACGACGAUGACAGCCACAGUCACCACGACUCAGACUUUUGGUCAGCGCUGGGGAAGGAUGAAUUGGUAA